GCAACACUAGAAAAACUUUAAUAUGUCAGCAAAACAACACCGAGGGGGGAGUGAACUUGUGGACAGCAAACACAUUUUGGAGAAACAUAAUAAUUCCACCUAAUUGUGUGCAGUUACAGUUCAGCCGAAAGCUGUCGGGUGUCCAUCCAUCGGUUCGGUAGAUGUCCACCCCUUCGGACACAUCAGGUGGUAUGUCCCAUCCUGGCCCUUCUCCAGGGGCAGGUCUAUCCCCAGGGCCCAUCUUGGGCCCAAGCCCUGGGCCGGACCCCUCACCAGGCUCUGUUCACAGUAUGAUGGGAGCCAGUCCUGGACCUGGAACACCUAACGCACCUCAUGGAAUGCAGGGCCAGGGACAAAGUGAUUACUCUCAGGACAGCAUGUAUCCUAUGCACAAGACCAUGGAGGGAAUGAAUGACAAGACUAUGGCAGAUGCGAUGCACUUUGGUCACAUGAAAGGUGUGGGGAUGAGAUCUCUGCAUAGUGGUAUGGGGCCUCCACAGAGUCCUAUGGACCAGCACAGCCAAGGAUACAUGUCGCCCCAUCCAUCCCCCAUGGGUGUCCAUGAGCAUGCUUCUAGUCCCAUGUCAGGAGGUGGAGGUGGUGGGGGACCCACACCGCCCCACAUGCCUCCCUCCCAGUCAGGCCCUAUGAUGCCCAUGGAACCCCAGGGAGCCAUGCCCAACAUGACUAACAUGGGCCAGCAGGGACGGGGACCUUCUGCUUUCAAUCCAGUCCAACUGCAGCAGCUCAGGGCUCAGAUCCUGGCCUAUAAGAUCCUGGGCCGUGGGCAACCCCUGCCUGAAAACCUCCAACUGGCUGUUCAGGGCAAGAGGAGUCUACCCACAAUGCAACAGCAGCAGCCGCCGCAACAACAACAACAGCAGCAGCAGCAGCAGCAGCAGCAGCAGCAGGCACCUAGUGCUAGUCCUUACAACAGGCCUGCAGGUAUGCCAAUGGCACCUAUGGGUGGUCCUCAGUCAAGUCCCUGCCCUACCCCGGCCAUGCAAGCACACAAUCAAAGCACGGGACCCAAGCCUUGGUCUGAUGGUCAGGGUGGUGAAAAUCAAGCCAACGCUCAGAAGCACCUCACCCCUGUUGCCAGUGGACGCCCGUCCCCUGCACCACCUCAGGCCUCAGCUGUGCCAGCUGGGCCCAUGCCAGGCAGUUCAGUGACCCCUCAGCCUCCCGGGCAGCAGGUGUCCCCCAUGCUCCAGAUGCAGCAGAAACAGAAUCGCAUCACGCCAAUCCAGAAGCCCCAGGGCUUGGACCCAGUGGGGAUCCUGCAAGAGAGAGAGUACAGAUUGCAGGCUCGGAUUGCACAUCGAAUCCAGGAGCUGGAAAGUUUGCCAGGCUCUCUGCCCCCUGACCUGAGGACUAAAGCCACAGUGGAGCUCAAGGCACUGCGUCUACUCAACUUCCAGCGGCAGCUGAGACAGGACGUGGUGGCAUGUAUGAGGCGAGACACGACCCUGGAGACAGCCCUCAACUCGAAGGCUUACAGACGCAGCAAGCGGCAGACGCUGAGGGAGGCACGCAUGACCGAGAAGCUGGAGAAACAGCAGAAGCUCGAGCAGGAGAAGAAACGCAGACAGAAACAUCAGGAAUAUCUCAACAGUAUCCUUCAGCAUGCUAAGGACUUCAAAGAGUAUCACCGCUCAGUGUCCGGUAAAAUCCAGAAACUCACCAGAGCUGUCGCCACCUGGCACACCAACACAGAGCGGGAACAGAAGAAGGAGACUGAGAGAAUCGAGAAGGAGAGGAUGAGGAGACUUAUGGCAGAAGAUGAGGAAGGCUACCGAAAACUUAUUGACCAAAAGAAAGACAAGCGUCUGGCCUACUUGCUGCAGCAGACAGAUGAAUAUGUGGCCAACCUCACCACCCUGGUGUACGAACACAAAGCUGCCCAAGCUGCAAAGGAGAAGAAGAGGAGGAAGAAGAAAAAGAAGAAGGUGGAUGGAGAUGGCGAAGGCACCAGCGCCAUUGGACCUGAUGGAGAGCCCAUGGAUGAGAGCAGCCAAAUGAGUGAGCUGCCAGUCAAAGUGAUUCAGACGGAGACUGGGAAAGUUUUGCAGGGAACGGAUGCUCCCAAAUCCAGCCAGCUGGAGGCCUGGCUCGAGAUGAACCCUGGGUAUGAAGUGGCCCCGCGGUCAGACAGCGAGGAGAGUGGCUCAGAGUUUGAGGAGGAGGAGGAAGAGGAGGCGGCCAAGGCAGAAACAGAGGAGAAGAUAAUCGAUCCCAAUGGCGUCGAAGUGUUUGUGACGGCUGCCAAGCACAUCAUCGAGUCGGCCAAGCAGGAUGUGGAUGAUGAGUACAGUGUUCCUACUGGACAAACCAGCUCCCAGUCUUAUUAUGGUGUGGCCCAUGCUGUCAUUGAGAGGGUGGAGAAGCAGUCGUCGCUGCUGAUCAACGGCACACUCAAACAUUACCAGACCCAGGGCCUGGAGUGGAUGGUGUCCUUAUACAACAACAAUCUAAAUGGCAUCCUGGCUGAUGAAAUGGGCCUCGGUAAAACCAUCCAAACCAUCGCCCUUAUCACCUACCUGAUGGAGCACAAGAGGAUCAACGGCCCCUUUCUCAUCAUUGUUCCUCUCUCGACUUUGUCUAACUGGGUCUAUGAACUUGACAAGUGGGCACCUUCUGUGGUCAAAAUUGCUUACAAGGGCACCCCUGCUUUGCGCCGUGGGCUUGUGCCUCAACUCCGCAGCGGGAAGUUCAAUGUCUUGCUGACCACCUAUGAAUACAUCAUCAAGGACAAGCAAAUACUGGCCAAGAUUCGUUGGAAGUAUAUGAUUGUGGACGAGGGUCACCGCAUGAAGAACCACCACUGUAAGCUGACCCAGGUGUUGAACACCCACUAUGUGGCUCCCCGUCGCCUCCUCCUCACCGGUACACCGCUGCAGAACAAGCUGCCCGAACUGUGGGCCCUGCUCAACUUCCUCCUGCCCACCAUCUUCAAGAGCUGCAGCACCUUCGAGCAGUGGUUCAACGCCCCGUUCGCCAUGACAGGAGAGAGGGUCGACCUAAAUGAGGAGGAGACCAUCCUGAUUAUUCGGCGUUUGCAUAAAGUGCUCCGCCCCUUCCUGCUACGCAGACUGAAGAAGGAGGUGGAGUCUCAGCUGCCAGAGAAGGUGGAGUAUGUCAUAAAAUGUGACAUGUCUGCUAUACAGAAGGUUUUGUACCGCCACAUGCAGAAAGGAAUCCUCCUCACUGAUGGCUCAGAGAAAGACAAGAAGGGCAAAGGUGGAGCAAAAACCCUGAUGAACACCAUCAUGCAGCUGAAGAAGAUCUGCAACCAUCCAUACAUGUUCCAGCACAUUGAGGAAUCUUUUGCUGAGCACUUGGGCUAUCCAAACGGCAUCAUCAAUGGGCAUGAUCUGUAUCGAGCUUCUGGGAAGUUUGAGCUCCUAGAUCGCAUCCUGCCGAAGCUACAGUCUACUAACCACAGAGUCCUGCUAUUCUGUCAAAUGACCUCACUCAUGACAAUCAUGGAGGACUACUUCAGCUACCGCAACUUUCAGUAUCUACGUCUUGACGGAACCACAAAGUCUGAGGACCGAGCUUCACUGCUGAAGAAAUUUAAUGAGGAAGGAUCUCAGUACUUCAUCUUCCUGCUCAGCACCAGAGCCGGUGGCCUCGGCCUCAACCUGCAGGCUGCCGACACUGUGGUCAUCUUUGACAGUGACUGGAACCCACACCAGGACCUUCAGGCUCAGGACCGGGCUCACCGAAUCGGUCAGCAGAAUGAGGUGCGUGUGCUUCGUCUCUGCACCGUCAACAGUGUGGAGGAGAAAAUCUUGGCAGCUGCCAAAUACAAACUCAACGUGGAUCAGAAGGUCAUCCAGGCAGGCAUGUUCGACCAGAAGUCCUCGAGCCACGAGCGCCGUGUCUUCCUCCAGGCCAUUUUAGAGCAUGAGGAGCAGAAUGAGUGCGAUCACUCACAAAAAUGUGAAGGAUUGCUUCAGGACAUCGCGCUUAGGCCUACUUCAUCAGAAGAAGAUGAAGUGCCUGAUGAUGAAACCCUUAACCAGAUGAUAGCCCGCAAUGAAGAUGAAUUUGAGCUCUUCAUGCGCAUGGACAUGGACCGACGCCGGGAGCACGCCAGGAACCCAAAGCGUAAGCCUCGUCUAAUGGAGGAGGACGAGUUGCCUUCUUGGAUCAUCAAAGACGACGCUGAGGUAGAACGGCUCACAUAUGAGGAGGAGGAGGAAAAGCUGUUCGGCCGAGGAUCACGCUGUCGUCGGGAUGUGGACUACAGUGACACGCUGACUGAAAAACAGUGGCUACGGGCCAUUGAGGAUGGAAACCUGGAAGAGAUGGAGGAGGAGAUCCGGCUGAAAAAGCGCAAACGCAAGAGACGUCAGGACAAGGACUCGUCGAGCAGAGAUGACGGGGCCGCCAAGGCCAAGAAGAAACGUGGACGUCCACCAGCUGAGAAACUCUCCCCCAAUCCCCCCAAACUCACCAAGCAAAUGAACACCAUCAUCGAUACAGUCAUCAACUACAGAGAUGGGUCAGGAAGACAACUAAGUGAGGUCUUUGUCCAGUUACCAUCCAGGAAGGAGCUCCCAGAAUAUUAUGAGCUAAUCAGAAAACCUGUGGACUUCAAAAAGAUCAAGGAUCGUGUAAGAAACCAUAAAUACAGGAAUGUGGGUGACCUGGAGAAGGAUGUGACGCUGCUUUGUCACAAUGCCCAGACCUUUAACCUGGAGGGAUCCCAGAUAUACGAGGACUCCAUUGUCCUUCAGUCUGUGUUUAAGAGUGCCAGGCAGAAGAUUGCCAAGGAUGAAGAGAGUGAAGAUGACAGCGAUGAGGAUGAUGAUGACGAGGAUGAGUCAGAGGCAGAGGCCAAGUCGGUGCGUGUUAAGAUCAAGCUGAGUAAGGAGGCACGCAGCCAUGACAAAGGCAAGAAGAGGCAAAGCCGAGGGAAGGCCAAGCCUGUGGUCAGCGACGACGACAGCGACGAAGACCAGGAUGACAAUGAUCAGUCAGACAAGAGCGAUGAUGAGUGAGGACGUGAGGAUAUUGUUUAUAGCACUUAUAAACAAGGGACAAUAUCUUCCAUUACUGUUGUUCAGGUUCAUAUUCUGUUUUCUUUUUAAUUUUACUUCUACUUCAUUUGUCCUCCGUGUCUGUCUGUAUUGUGUAUCGUCACCCCUUCUCCCACCAGCUUGGAAAUGUAUUACUAAUAAUCGAUAAGCUACAGCAAUACCAAUCUGCUUAUAUUCUUGUUUUUAAAACAAUUUUGUAGGAUAUUUUUUAACUCUGUGCUUUAAAAAAAGAUUUAAAUUCUGUAUGAAAGGGGGGUGGGGUGGGGGGGAUUUAGUCAUGCUAUACGUGCUUUUGCUUCAUUUGUACUUGCUUGCUUGCACUUUUAGAAAAUGAAAUACUAAUACCCAAAUAAAAAAAAUAAAAAAAAUUAAAUAUAUAUAUCCAAGGACAUCCAAGUUAAUUUGGAGAGCCAGUGGUGAUUUAAAAAAAAAAAAGGCAAUCAAUCAAGUUUUUUAAUUGUUUGGAUUCUUUGUUUCACCUCGUGCAGUGCCAAAUGUUGGAACGUAGAGAAAUUGAUCAUUCGCUAAAACCCUCCCCCAACCAGCGAUUGUCCAAUCAUAGCUUAGCAACCAUAACUUGGCACGGCAGGCCUGUCAAGCUUUAAAUUUCUCCACAUGUUGAAGCGGCAUGUGUAUGGUGCUGUAGUAAGAUACUUUUUUUUAGGCUUUCCAUAACCAAAAACAAAAGAGCAAAAUUGUGAGGAAUGGGCUAGACAGUGUGUUUAUCUGCUCUAACUUAAGCGGCAAAUGUUUGAUAGUCCGGCUUAAACGUCCUAUGCAAAUAAAAUGUAUUAUUGUUAUCAUCAUUAAUAAUAAUAAUAAUAAUAAUAAUACCUACAGUAGUAAUCGAGCGUUACAUCCAAGGCCAAGGAGCUCAUCAUUAGCUACUAUCAACAUUAACUACUACUUACAGUGUGUUACCGGUUCAAGGUUUUAGCAUUAGCAUGUCCAGCUAACUACCUUAGAGUAGUAACUUCUGAGGCCAAUAAACCAAUCAACAACAACUAGAUGACAUUAUUUUCUGGGGUUAUUGGAUACAUUAAUAAGAGCCCGGUUCAGGACUGAAACAUCCACUAUGUAGUAUUUCCCCACUGAGUGGAAGCUGGUUGUAGAUGCUAUCAGAGUUUAGGCUAACGUUAGCGGCUGUGUCCUGCUCUCUGUUGGAUUUGGAAGGUGAAAACCUAAUACUGUUUGAAAAGUAUGUAAGAUAAGCAGCCAAACAGGGUCACAUUAGAACAGAAUAACAUUCAGAGUCUCACAUUUUUCCUUAUCGUAAUUAUGAUACUGGGACUAUCUAGCUCUACACUGCAAAACAAGAACAAUGCUGCUCCUUUAUUUCCAAACUCAUUAAGUUAACAUUAGCUUAAUUAGCUAGCCAGCUAGCUACAGCUGAUAAAGUCCGCCAGUGACAGUAGUCAUUUCAGCAAAAUCGGCUGUCGCUGGCUAGAAAUGAGAAGCCUGCUUUUGACCACCUCUGUCUAAAAUUAAAAAACCCUUAUUUAAAAAAUUGCCAAGAAUUUCAUCAGUAAAUCCGCCACCGUUAUCAUUGAAAACCGCUAAAGUUUGACAGACGUGGCAACUGCAACUACAAGGGGCGGGGCUUAGCGAACGGUCAGUUACGAGACAACAUGAUUUUGAGUGUAAACUAUUUCUGAAGUCUAAAUAUCUUCAAACAGCCAGCACAACAAAAUGUCAGUUGUUGCUUGAUGACUUACAAAUAAUUUGAGAUGGCCAUGAAUGCUGAAUGCUUUUUUAAACUGCUUUUAUUAAGACAAAUGUAACCUUACAUUAUGUAGGCGGCACAUCAUUUAGACAAAUCCAUGUGUUUCAUGUAUCUUCUAAUGCUUUCAAGUUGUUGUGUAUCAGAUCUGAAGCUUUGAACUUUGUUGUAACAAUUUUCUCACUGAGAAAGAAGUGUUUGGGUUAUUUUGAUUGAAAGGCAGCAGAUUUAUGGGGAAACACCUUGUCUUGUAGAAUAAAAUCAGCAUCUAUCGUAGCAGUAAAUGUAGCUUUUUAAAGCGUCUGAAACCAUGUUACACCAUCCAAAUUAGAAAGAACCAAGUCUUAGCUGUAUUUUUUGAGACUAUUAAAGAUGGUAGACAAUGGUAAAUAUUACAAAGAAAACAGUGUUAUGGGAUUAAAAAUUUGAUUUGAAUGACAUUGACUAUAACUAUAUUUUAAACAAUGUAUUGAUUUAAACAUUUGGAUUGAGGUGUUUGUGUUGCUGUAUAAAUUUUGAGCCCUCUUAUUGGUUUAUAUGUUGUUUGUAGCAUGAACUCUUUUGACAAUAUACUGUGUACAUGCAGAUAUAUAUAUCAUUUUUGUUUGUGUAAUAUGUGCUUGCCGACUCUCCAUAAGUGUGACUUAAUCUUUGCUUUCUUUGCACAGUGUCUUUGUGGUUGUAUCUAAUAGCCCAGGGCAAAUAAAAUCUCACAGAUUUUCAGCACAAAAAA